AUGAAUAAGAUCAUCUCCAAACUGCUUGCUGCAAGACUGGCUCCUCUGCUGCCGAGGCUUACUGUUCCAAAUCAAAGCGGAUUCAUUAAAGGGAGGUUGAUUAGUGACAAUGUGUUGCUGGCCAAAGAACUUUUCCAUGAAAUUUGGAAAGGUGUGACGUCUCCAAACAUGGUGUUGAAACUGGACAUGGAGAAAGCUUAUGACCGUGUUCAGUGGUCUUUUUUGAUUAAAAUUUUAAGGAAGAUGGGUUUCUCGGAGAGAGGGCUUGGUCUAAUUGAGAACUGUAUCUCACCUUGUUGGUUCUCGGUCCUAAUUAAUGGGAGUGUGGCAGGCUUCUUCAAAUCAUCACGAGGACUCAGACAAGGGGAUCCUAUUUCCCCCUCACUAUUCAUUCUGGCAGCGGAUUACUUGUCAAAGCUGUUAGAUCGACUCAUACUUCGGCGUAAGGACAUGAUGUAUCGUACGGCAAGGUACACUAUGGGGAUCUCGCACUUGGCAUAUGCCGAUGAUAUUAUGAUUUUCUCACAGGCCCAGAGCUCUUCUAUCCUACAACUAUUGGAAUGCUUGAAACACUACAUGGAGGUGUCUGGACAGAAAGUUAACGUGGGAAAGAGCUGCUUCUACUUGGAUAAAAAACAUCAGGCCUGGGCUAGAGAAGUGAGGGAGGUCCUAGAUCCUACAAAGGGGGCGAUAAAGCAGAUAGAGCAAAAAAUGGCUCGAUUUUUAUGGGGAUCUUGCGAUACAUCGAGGAAGACUCAUUGGAUUAAGUGGCAGACAGUUUGCCUUCCUACGGAUGAGGGGGGAUUGGGUAUUAGAAGCUUGGCUGACUCUGUGGAGGCCUUUAGCAUCAAAAUGUGGUGGAGAUUUAGGGAACAUGACUCACUUUGGGCACAAUAUAUGUAUCAGAAGUACUGCUCAAUUUCUUUUCCUCUGGUAGCAUAUAUGUCUAAUCGUUUCAGCCCAAUGUGGAGAAGGCUGUUUAAGGUGGGGGAUCUCUGUAGGGAGCAGGUUAGAUGGGUGGUGGGAAAUAGGAACAUCAGCUUUUGGCAUGAUUCGUGGGUGUUGGACUAUCCUCUUGCAAAUUUGUGCAAUUCCAGGCAGACUCGUCCUUCACUGAAAGUUAAUGAUCUAUGGGAAGGGGAGCAGUGGAACGAGAGGGAUCUCUGGGUGAUGGCAGAAGAGGAGGGUCUGCCAGAGGAAAUCGUAGAAAAAAUUUUACAAAUUCCCUUUGACAAGAGGGAUAGGGAUAGGGGAAGAUGGAAGCUAACUGUAAAUGGGCAAUUUACUCUUGCUUCGGCUUGGGAUUUGGUGAGGAAUAGAGCGGGAAAGCGGCUGAUAUUUGAAAUAAUUUGGGAAAGGAAUGAAAUGGUGCAUCGAGACAAGGCUUUUGAGGUUGAGAAUAUAAUCAGAAAGGUGAACAUGCAGUUGAGAAACUUAGUGUUGGCUAAGGUGAUAACUCCAGAACAGUGGAGGGAUUGCUGUCCGCGGUUGGAAGUGAUGAGUGGUGCGGAGAGGGUGAUACGAAGGAGGAAGGUUGGAAGGGUGCAGUGCUGGGAUCAAGAAGAGCAGGUGGGGGGUGUGGUGAGGGAUCAUGAGGGAGAAAUAGUUGUUGCUUUCUCUACAGGUUUCGAGGGAGGUUCGGCUAUUGAGGCAGAAAUCUUGGCAAUUUUGGCAGGUGUCAGAUUAGCCAAGCAUCAUGGAAGCAGGCUUUGGAUUGAAUCAGAUCCUAACAUGGUGGUUAAAUGGUUGUCGGAAGAGCAGCUCGGCCCAGCGGAAUUCUGCACAGAUUUGAGGAUGAUCAGGAAGGAGCUUCAAGGUUUGGAAUGGAGAAUCUCGGACAUCUUCUGUAGCACCCCGGAAAAUUUGUGA